AGUGUGCAUGGUUUCCGCUUCCUGUGACUGUUUGUUUUCACUUUUUGCUUCUCCACACAGUGUGAUUACUGUGUGUGGCUCUGUUGCGCAUGAGCAGAAGAUGGAUGAGAUGAGCUCUGAUGCAGGCAGUGUUGCGGUGCCUCCCGCUGAUGUUCCUCCGCCUUUGAUGCAAGGCGAGACUUUCCACGUCUUCAUCAGCUACAGCAGCACCGACUACCAGUGGACGCAUGCUCUCAUAGAGCAGCUGGAAGCCCACGGCCUUCACGUCUGCUACCACGAGCGUGACUUCACGGCGGGCCGAACCGUGUUGGAGAACAUGUCCGAGUGCAUCCAGGAGAGCCAGAAAGUCUUGCUGGUCCUCAGCUCAGAGUUCGUGAGGAGCCGCUGGUGUCUCCUGGAGGCCAACAUGUCUCUGUUCAGAGACUGCCUGGAAAGAAAGCCCCUUGUCCCUGUGCUUUUGGAGCCAGGGGUCUGCGUCCCGCUCCAUCUGUGCCACCUCACCUACUUGGAGGCUCGCGACCCAGAGUUUGUGGCCAAGUUGCUGAAGGUGCUCUGUACCCCUAACCGGCAGCUCCAAGGCUCCACGGUGGUUCCCUACCAGCCUCCGUCCAUCUACAACGGGAAGGCCCUUCAGCCUUUAACUGCUGCUAACGUGGAAAGUCUUUACGCCUGGGAUGCGGGACAAUUUAGUGACAUGGACCUACCAGACCAACUGCGCUUGAUCAUUGUGGAUCAAGAGAAGUACAGGGAGGCCAUCGGCAUCAUCAACAGUGUGUCUAAAAAUCAAGUGUGGCUGCCUUCACUCUGUAACAGGGUUAUUGUUUAUUUUUAUGGGGUGAUAUUUUUUCUCGCAUUAACUGGAUCUUUCAUCUACCUCUCUGCUACUUUAGUAGUUGAUCAUUUACCUGUGGGUAUCAACAACAGUCCCGCCGGUGAAUGGUUUAUCUGCUUCCUAUGUUUUUUCUCCGUUCCAAUUGGCUUACUCAUUCAACUUUGUCUUUGGAAGAACGACGACGAAAAGUAUGUCGUGAGGGAGAUGCAAAAAGCAGCUGGUCAGGCCAAUAUGAUUCUCUGUGACGAAAAGCUGCUGAUGGGCUUUCGGUCCAAUUCCAUUAUGUAUCUUGUGUAUGUUUCUCUGGAAGGUUGCAAAGGGGAGUUCGCAGCAACUAUUGAGCAUCUCGCCAGCACAAAGGAGCUUUUUAAAUUAGCUCUACUCUGGUUUUCGUCAGAGUACGCCUGCUGCCUUGCGAAAAGGCACUUCCCUUUUCCUCAGACGUGCCCCCCGCCAGGUCACCUGGAGGGAGGAGUGUGUUUUUGCCAGUAUGUCUCCCAGCAGCUAAGCCGAGGGGAGUGGAAGUAAGACUACUGCGCAAUCCGAGGCAUCGUUUUCAUGAUCUCUUCAUCUUAACUCAGGGGCAGUUUACAUGGCGACUCUUCGACAAUAAGACGCAAUGACUGUGUUGCAGAAUACCAUUGUUUUUAUACGGUGUCGGCGAAAACGGAAGGCAAAGACGCAAACCUUUGAAUACGUGGUCCAAAGUGGAAGGAUUCGAUUGAGGGAGCUCGAGGGGGCUUGCUCCGCAUCCAUACCAAUGGAAAGCUUCAGCGCCGAUAACGUCAGCACUCGCAACCGUCACAUUGGGUGUGCGUGGCAGUGUUACUAAACAUUAAAAACAGCAAAUAUGGCGAAACAUCGGCUUUAAUUUACUGUUUUUGUAAACUUUUUAAUUUAAAUAUGUUGAAUGUUUCCAUUUUUGUGCCUUUUGGAGCAAAAGAAAAAUGCCAUUGCAUGUUGUCUUCCGAGCUGAGGAGGUUGUUGGUGUCAAAGUUUAUCAUUGGCUGUUGCCUUGUAAAUCUGUACUGCCCCCUAGGGCCUGGCAUGAAUACUACAUCGUUUUCACGCGGAAUUGUGAUAUUGUUUGAAUGGAGACGUAACUAUAUACUGUAAAUGCAAAUUUGAAAUUUGUCGUAUUCUCUGACCGUCACCAUUUAAACUGCCCCUCAUUCACUGCUAUACACAGUGAUAUCUAUCAAACCCAUUUGAACUGGGAAUUUUCGCCAGUCACAAGAGAUUGAACGUCUCUUACCAUCAAUGCUAGCCAAUUAGUUAAUGAAGGUACCUAUCUGGAAUCGAACGAUCGCUGCUAGCCCUCCCAUCAAUGGCAGCCAACGAGUUCAUGAAGGAAACAAAUGCUGAUUACAUUUCCUGUAAAGUUUAAGUAUUUAUACACAAACAAAUACUGAUAGUAUUAUAUAAGCUUUUAUAUUGUAGUACAGCUUUCUCUAUAUGUUUUAAGUCUAAAUCUUUAUCAUAAUUUCAAUUUGUCUUAACUUUUACCAGAGGUGGGUUGCCAAUUUUUUUUACUGAAGAGUACCAUUACUUCAAGCUAAUAUUACAAAAGCAAAAGGAGUAUAUACUCAAGUACAAGUAAAAAAGUAUCCAGUGAAAAGAAUACUCAAGUAAUAAGUCACAUUGAGAAUAUCUGCUUAUUUUUGAAUGAUUUUUUUGUAAACAAAGGUAUUGUACUCUCUCAGCACACGCAUAUCUAUAUGACCUGUUGUCAUAAUGAUACUGUACAAUAACCCAUUACAUAACCACAUUAAGUUAAAGUUAAAAAAAACAAAAAAACAAAUUCAUUGAAUUCCGUCAAGAGGAACAAAAGAAAGAAAGAAAUGAAGCAUUGUUUGUGAUUAGUGUUGCGACUUAUCAUUAGUGAAAUUAAUAGACCUGCUUUUGGCGUCACUGGCAAAAAAAUAAUAAAUCUAAUAUGUAGAAUAAGGAUGAAAAAUGUAACGACUCUUGUGUUGCCCAAUGUAGCGGAGUAAGAGUAGCAUUUUUGAUUCACAAAUCUACUCAUGUAAAAGUAAAAAAGUACAGCUUAGUAAAACUACUCCUAGAAGUAAAUUUUUCUCCAAAAAUUACUCAAGUAAAUAUAAUGGAGUACAUGCAAAGCGUCUGUACCCACCUCUGAAUUUUACGAACAUUAUAUUAUUUCAUUAAAAAAAUUGUGACCAGACUCUUCUUGACUUCAAGUUAUAAAAAGUAGAGUUGUCAGUCAAAAGCAUUUUAAAAUGAUAUCGGAUAAUAUCGACAUCGGUUGUGGGCCAAUAUGCAUAUGGCAGUGCUAUCAUAUCCACUUAUUGCCUGCCUUUGUUUCUGGUGUUUUGUCUGCCCCUGCUGGCGCUGAGGUGUAAUUAUUUUUGAUAAGUUCUCUCUGCUGACAUGUCAUACUAUGUCAACGUGCAGUGUUGCCAACUUGGCGACUUUAUCGCUAAAUGUGGCGACUUUCCAAAGCCUCUUGGCGACUUUUUUGUCAAGAACGACUAGUAACAAAUCUGGCAACUUUUUGCCGGUGUUUUUUUAAUCACUUUUUGCUUCUUCUAUGACAUUAUCCCUCUCUCCUACAGCGUCCAUUAGAAUGACAUUUAGUCCCCAGGUUACGAACGAGAUCCGUUUCCACGCUGGCGACGUGAUCCAAAUUUAAAAUUUGUAAAGCGGAAUUAACCUUUUAAAUACCUCUAAAUACCCCCAAAUCUCAAAUUAACUAUCCAAAAACAUGUAUCAUACAUCAUUGUACUGUCCUCGCCAAGACGUUGGAGCUAAGUCCAAGCUAAACUGCGAGUUAACCUCUGAAAUGACAGACGUCCGUUUGGUUUGCCAACUAUUUUGAGCUGCUCAUGACAUCAACACUUGCAGAAUGAAACUAAAAUAAAAAUUAAAUCAGUUUCAUCUGCGUCAGAAUUCAAAUUUGAGUUCAUAACCGAUACACCGAUAGCAAACCAAACAAAUGAUUUGCAUGUAUAAGUUAGUGUCCGCACAUCAUCAAAAACAAUCACAUAAACUGGCCCCAAGAAUUUGACCACAAUUGAAAACGCACCAUAAACAGUACAAAAGGUGUUAUUUACAGGUGUUGCCUCUGUGGAUGCUUCACAAGCAACAAAGGCUUGCAGCUUUGAUCUUUCCCCUCUCACACUCGGCUGCGCAACUUCUUCGUGGAAGCAAAUGCGCUCUUCCUCCUGUGUGCGCGUGCUCUUCUUCGCGUGUGUAAACAGGUUUUUUCUCGUGUUUUCAAGCGCUCUUACUCGAGUGUGGAAGUGCUACUUGCUCUAUGCUUCCUGUGCCAAAAUACUGCAUGUAUCACAAAACAAAGCAACUACAAAACGAGUCAACAUUAUUUACAAAAAAAAAAAGAACGACUGGUGCCAAAAUGGCGGACGAGACUCCAGUGUCAUAAAGUCAAAAUCACGUAAGACGUGUACGUUGUAACACGGUGACUCCCUGUACAUGCAAAUGGAUAAUUAUGCAAAUUAGAUGAUGAUGUCAUCUAGCGACAUCUAGCUUUAGUAUUUUAUAAGACAGCCAAUAGUUACUUUCCUUACUGGGGAGUUGGCAACACCGUCGACGCGAGCUCAUUGUGAAUAGAGAGAGCUAAAUGGACGACCUAACAUCUGCAGCCAAUGUACCAUAGCAGUUCUUGCCAUCUCACCACGUUUUCUGUGCCUUACACAAGCAUUGCUUGUAAGUUAUGUUCUUCCUUUGUUUUAUAUUCACGAGCGUUUACUGAAGAUGUGUAUAUUUCAUUUUGUUUGCAUUUGUGGUAAAAUGUGGUUACAUUUCAGUACUUGUAAGCUGUACUACCAGUUCCUAUUCAAAAUGACACACAGUGUAUACUUUGCUUUACUUUGAUAUUUUAUUUCACACUAAUGACACAAUCUUUUGUUUUUUGCAGUUUUACAAAAUAAUAACAGUGCUCUUGUCAAGAGACAGAUGACCACAGUGAAGCCAAUUAGACUUUAGUCCAGCGUCUGAUGUCUCUUUAAAACCUGAUUUGUUCCCUAUUUGUCGAUUUGUGUACCAACACACAUUAAGGACAGAAUAAGUCACUUUGCACUUGUACUUGCACUUGAUUAAAAAAACUGAUGUUUGCAGUAUUUUGAUUUUAACAUUAAAUAUAGUGGUGCAAUAUAGGCACUUUUUUUCCAAAACUUCACUUGAAGUCGUUCUAUUUCACAGAAUUUUUAUUUGGAAAACCUUGAAGUUGUUACAUUUAUCAUUAUUAAACCAUCCAGUGGGGUAUUACAAUACUAUUAGCCAUAAUAUGUUAAGUCCAUGACCUCAUAUAUCAGUAUCGGUUUGAUGUUGGUAUUGAAUUUUUGGAGUUGAACAAUAUCGUGUUAUCGGUUAAAAAGUAAUGGACAUCUCUGACAAAAAAUGUUUUCCAUCUAUUUGUUGUGUAUAUACGAUGGGUGACUUAAGAUGUUUAAAAUUUUCGGUGUACCUACUGGCAUCUUGUACUGUACACUGCAAAUUUAUAAUGUCUUAAUAAGAAUAUUUCUUUUAAAUCUAGUCAAAUAAUUUUGCCAUUGUGUUUUGAGUGUUAAAGACUAGUUAACAGAUUAAUGUGUCCGAUUAUUCCACCAAUCCAUUUAAAAUUGGCGUGGUGACGGAAUGAACAUUUUUUCAUUGCUAACCCUCCCAUUUCAAAUGGAUUUGAUGUCUAGCAUCGUCAAUGGCAGCCAGCGAGUUAAUUGCUAAUUACUUUGAAACGUUUCUGGGAAACCAAUGUUUCUCAGACAAAACGGGAUACAACAAACAUUGCAAACACAUUAAAAACACCCAAUCCUAGUGAAUUCUGAAUUCCAAAGUCCAUGUUUUACUUUAAAGGGGAAAUGUGAACUAAGGUUGGCCAACCAUGUUUUUGAAUAAUAUCAAUGGCUAAACAAUUAUAAGCAUAUUUUCAUUAUUUUUUUUAACGCAACCCUUCCAGAUUCUUUAACCCAUAGCAACGCCCUUGACAACGAAAAUGCUUUUCUUCGGCAAUCUUCGGAAAUUACGUCACACCGGGAAGAAGUCCGCCAUAGAACAGUAUUGUUUGUUGCUUUGCUUCUCGGUAAGAUGCCACGGCGGUGUGUGGCGAUGUUUUGUUCUCACUCAAACGAAAAGUUGUAUGAGUGGCCAAAGGAUAGCAGGGCAUGUAAAUGGACAUCUUUCGUUCGCACGAAGCGAAUGAAUUUCACGCCAUCAUCGAGUAGUCUUCUCUGCUGCAAACACUUCGAAGAUGCCUGCUUCCUUAACCGGUCUGCUUAUGAUCAAGUAUUUGCCAAAAAGUAAGUGUGAUUUUUGGAUAGAUGACUGAUGACUUUGUCAAAGCAGACCUGCCAACUGUUGUGGAAUGUACAGUAGAAGCUAGCGACGUUAGCCAAAAGCCAACACGUGGCAAUAGUCGUGGCACAGUUGUUGUUGUGUUGAUGUCUUACGUCCCAAGGACGGCUCGCGAAGGGCGUAACAUAAAAUGAGCCUCACAAUUUCACAAGUGGCACAAAUUUAUUUACACAACAAUCAAACUCACAAUGAAUAUGUACAAAAUGUGGAUGAAGCGCGGCUUCAGGGUAAGUCCAGGCCAAAACAACAAAAAAAAGGAAUCUACACUUGAAUCCCACCCGCUAACUAAACCCUGACAAUGCAUGAUCCGUUUAAGAGUCGCUGGGACUGGAAGUAGUAGUAGCUGGUAGUACGAGGCGAGGCGGAGAUGAGCGAAAAGCAAAACAUCGCGGUCGAACGUGGCGGCAGUCCGCUAUUAUUUUGUGUUCUUAUUGUUGCCACAAUAAAGUGGAGAAAGCCAUCAACGACUCAUCUCCUUCUCCCCCCCCAACGUUUUUAUAUUAUUAUUUUAUAUGCAUGAGCACUACCGGAUCUGCCAAAAUGAACAUGCAGUCUGAUUAUUAUUUUUUUAAACAAUGUCAUCAGAUAGACAAAAACAUAAAAUUAUGUGCAAAUGCCGGCAUCUUCAAAUCAUGAAAAUAAUAACAGCCUGUAUCUUACCAACCUUGUAAUCUCGAUGGGUCUUGUCUCAUUCCAUGUCAAGUAGUCUGUGCACAUUGUUUGCAUCCUGAUUAGCUUCUUGCUAAUAUCCCAUGUACGGUCCAACAUAAAAUUCCAACCUCCUCCUCUUCCUCCAACUCUUCAAAAACUUGGAUCUCCUCCCUUGCGCUCGAUCUAUCGCUUAUAUCGCUUUUUGAAUCAUUGUUUGAAGGGCUUUGUAUGCCGGCCGUAUGGAGCGCCGCCAUCGCAGUUCUCGGUGUGACGUAUCACUUCCGGGUUCGUCCCCUUUCAGGCUCGAACUUCGGAAACGCGAUUAUUUUGUCAACUAUACAACAUAUAAAUUAUUUUUUCAUGCUUUAUUUGUUGGACAAUGUUUAAUUACUUUAAU